UCCCCUAUUUCAUUAAAGAUCCAUUUUCCCAUUUAUUUGAUUAUAUUUGGGUUUUCUGGCAUUAUUGGUUAUAAACUCAUAUCUUUUGCCUUUUGUAAUAUUGAAUUCCAAGAUCUUAGCUUCUUCAUGGUGGUGGCUGUUGUCAGAAGUGAUUCUUAUUAUGAUUCCUUGUUUCUUUAAUACUUUCUUUCUGACUUCUGACCCUAUUUUUUCCUUUGACCUGGAAUCUUAGCUUUUGGCAGUAAUGCUUUUGGGAAUUUUCAUUUGUGGACUCUAUUUUCAUUUUAUUCUCUUGUUCUAUCUGGAUAGUUUUAUUUCAUGAUUUUUUGAUGCUUAGAUGCUUUGGGAGUCAUUGUGUUUAGCUGGUCUGUUGACUAUUUUUCAUAUCUCUAUCUUGAUGUUUUCUAGCUCAACUGAUUAGAGAUUCCUUACUUUUUCUUCUAUUUUUCAGCUUUUGACCUUUAAUAUUCCUUAUUUUAUAAAGUAAUUAACUUCUUUUUGGUUCAUCCAAAUUGUCAUGGAUUCAGUUGCUUGGGUGAGGUUUUGUAUUCUUGUGACAAACUAUUAAAUCUGUUUCUAAUUCUUGCCCACAUAUUUCUCAUUUCCUUUCCCUCCUGAUUGUGCUUCUGAUUUUAUGGAUUUUGAUGCUCUGUCUCAGCUGUAGUCACACCCUAAAAUUUCCCUCAGUUUCUGGGACUUCCUCAUCUUGGAACAUCCCCCUGCCAUUCUUGCCCACUUCUCCCACUGGUAAAUUCCUAAAUUACCUCACAGUGGCCAGAUGGAAAAAAGAGGUGACAGUGGCUAGCCCAGAUGAGAUGGCCUGGCAGCGAGAGAACUGAGAAGUGUUCUAAGUCAAUCAUGAUGCCAACAGCCAAUAGAGAGAACAGACUGAGACACUCAUCUGGAACCAGGGAAUCAUUGACAUUCAGGGAUGUGGCCGUGGACUUCGCUCCAGAGGAGUGGGGAUACCUGGACCCUUCUGACAAGGAGCUGUACAGGGAUGUGAUGCUGGAGAAUUAUGGGCACCUGGUCCAUCUGGGACUUGCUGCUUCCAAGCCAGAUGUGAUCUAUCAGUUGGAGAGAGGGGACCCUCCUUGGAAGCCAGUGAUUAAGGUCCCAAGUACCAGCUUACCAAAUGGUGAAACUGGUUUGGAAACCAUGGGAACAUCUAUAAAGGAGAGCAUUUCUCUGGAGACAUUUUCUCAGAAAAAUCUCAAAAGCUCUAGUAUGUUGACCUCCAGCUGGAAAGAAGCCUGGAAACAUGGUGUCAGUGUGGGCAAGCAUCAGAGCUCUAAGGAGGAACAUUCUUGGAUUGACAGAAGAGAGAACUCUUGUAAAUAUCUUAAAUAUGGUGAGGGCUUCAAAGGAAGCAAUGAAUUUACAAAGGACCCACAAAUUCAUACUGGGGAGAAAACUUCUGAGUGUCAUAUGGAUGGAAAGCAGUUUCCAUGGGCAGCUCUAUGUCAUUCAGGAGAGACAUCUCAUCAACAUCAUGAAAGUGGGAAGGCUCUCCACAACAAGGCAGAACUCACUGAAAAUCGGAGAAUCCGUGCCAGGAAGAAACAUUAUCAAUGUAAUGAAUGUGGGACGGCCUUCCCGAAGAAACAACUUCUUACUGAACAUCAGAGAACCCAUCACAGAGAGAAAUCAUAUAAAUGUCCUAAGUGUGGAAAGGUCUUCUUCCUGAAGACACGUUUUACUAAGCACAUGAGAGUUCAUACUGGAGAGAAGCCUUUUAUUUGUAAUGAAUGUGGGAAGGCAUUCAGCAGCAGAAAAGGUCUUACCCAGCAUAUGAAAAUUCAUGCUGCAGAUAAACCUUAUGAAUGUCCUGAAUGUGGGAAGUCCUUCUAUAAAAAGGCACAUUUCAACUCCCACGUGAGAAAACAUACUGGAGAGAGACCUUUUAAUUGUAAUGAAUGUGGGAAAACUUUCAUAUUUAAGUCAUCUCUAAUCCACCAUAUGAAGAUUCAUACUGGAGAUAAACCUUACGAAUGUCCUCUAUGUGGAAAGCCCUUCUACAAAAAAGCACAGAUUAACCCACAUAUGAGGAUUCAUACUGGGGAGAGACCUUAUAAUUGUAAAGAUUGCGGGAAAAACUUCAAGUUUAAGUCGUCUCUAACCCAGCAUGUGAGGAUUCAUACUGGAGAGAAGCCUUAUGAAUGUUCUGAAUGUGCCAUGACUUUCUACCGAAGGGCGUAUCUUACUCAUCAUAUGAGAGGCCAUACUGGAGAAAAACCUUUUAUUUGUAACGAAUGUGGGAAAACGUUCAUGUUGAAGUCAUCUCUGACAUUGCAUGUGAGGAUUCACAGCGGAGAGAAACCUUAUGAAUGUUCUCAAUGUGCAAAGGCUUUCUCCCGAAGGGCCCUUCUCACUCAACACAUAAAAAGCCAUUCAGGCGAGAAACCUUUUGAUUGUAACCAAUGUGGGAAAACCUUUAUGUUUAAGUCAUCUCUAACCCAGCAUGUCAAGAUUCACACCGGAGAAAAACCUUAUAAAUGUUCUGAUUGUACGAAGGCCUUCUACAGAAAGACACAUCUUACUCAACAUUUGAGGAUCCACAACGGAGAGGCACUUUUUAAUUGUAAUGAAUGUGGGAAUACCUUUAAGUGUAAAUCAAGUUUGACCCAGCACGUGAAAAUUCAUACUGGAGAGAAACUCUCUAAAUGUUCUGAAUGUGGGAAUGCCUUCCCCAAAAAAGCAUUUUACUCAACAAGUAAGAACUCAUUCUGGAGAGAGACUUGUAAUCAAUGUGAGCUCUUCAGGCAGAGGGAAAACUUGACUCAACAUCAGAGAAUUCAUACAAGAAAGCAAGCUUAGGAAGGACUUCUGCCUGAUGUGACCAACAAGAUCCCCACAUUUUCUCCUGUCAUCAUGAUUUUUCAAACCCUUGCAAGAGAGCAGUUAUGGGAAAGAAAACCCAAUUCUGUUGUCUCCAUUAUUUAGGACACCAAGAACCACUAAUAGGAUGAAACCUUAGAGAAUCAUGAAUUUAGUCCUUUAGAGUGAAGAACAUUUAUUCUAUUGACAAAUACACGCUGGAGAACAGCCUUAAGAAUAGAACAAUUGACAAUAGGCUGUCUGCCAGAGCACUGAAGACUAAUUCUGCAAGCAUUUAUUAAGUGUGCAGUGUUUGUAGUUACUGCACCUAGAUUUGACUAAUGCAUGUUAGAUAUCCUCAGGAGUCAGUUUAGUCAUUGAAUUGAUAGAGGUACACAUGAUAUUUAAUAGUGUUUUCUAUUUCAGUGCAGUGUGCAUAGUUUGCUCUUGUUUGCUUUUAUUUUUCUUUAUAACAAACAACUGAAGGAUUUUAUUGUUCCCUUUUUAGAUGAGAUGGACAAGCUAGCAUGUGACAGAAUGAGUCUAAAAAUUGUGUAGGUCCCUGGGGUAAAGGUAAGAUAACAC